AUGCCAAUUCAGUCACUCGAGCCCUAUCUUUUUGAGCGCAAACUAGCUCAUGUUAGCUCGUUUGAAAUAUUGUCCAAUGCCGUGCUUGGUAUUGAUACUGAAUACUACCUCAGUCGUAUAUACACAUACAGAAAAGAGCAAUCCUUGGCUGCAAUUGGGGGCGUGCCUAGCUCGUUAAAAGAUUACAUUCAAUUGGAUUUACAGGUUUUUCAAGAAUUCAACAUUAAGCCGGUAUUUGUCAUUCCUGGCUUACCUAUUCAAUCGCAGGUUGUCAAAUAUAGGCUGAAUGAGCUAUCGCCACAAGAGCAGCAUCAUGAUUUUACAUGGAAGAAGAUUUAUUCGAAUGCUCACACGCAACACCCUUAUGAAAAUUUCCGAUUACAUUCCGAGACCUUACCCUUGGAGCCAUUGGUUAAUGAUUUGAUCAAGAUUUUUAUCGAGCUCGGAACUGACUAUUUAGUCACCCCAUACAAUGCAUCGUUUCAAUUGUCAUACUUGUAUCAAAAAGGUCUCGUUGAUGCAUUGUACGGAUCAACCGAUUUGUUACUCACAAAAAUUGACAAGUUUAUCAUAUCAAUGGAGUUUUCUGCUAAAGAAUUUAGGUAUGUUGACAAGUUCAAAAUGUUGCAUGACUUAGGAUUAAACGAUCGUCAGUUUCAAGAUUUGAGUUUGAUGGUGGGAUGCGCAGUCCAACCGAAGACUUUCCCAAUUUUCCCACCUCAGCCCAAACCAACCCCCAAUUAUCCACCCAUAAACAACUUUAAAAUUGGCUUGGAUAUCCUCUAUCAGUAUAUGCAGUUUAGUGGUGAUAUUUCAAGCUUGUAUGGGUAUGUCUUGAAUCUCAAUGACCCCAAAUUAACCGAUUUGUACACAAGGGGGCAGACUGCAAUCAAGUAUGCUCCAAUAAUCAAUAAAGAGGGAUACACUGAGUUGUAUAAUGUGGAAAUGGGUAAGUUCAACUUGGAAAAAGACAUCGACUUUAUCAUUGAAGAUGAUCUUGCGACCACAACAUCCACGUCAUCGGUUGGGGCUUCACCAGGUGGUGGAAACAGUAAACCAACAAGUACCGGUACACCAUCGGGAAAUACAAUUAGCAAGAUCCCUGUGAAUUUGCAUGAAAUAAUCUCACAACGGUUGCCACCCGAAUUUUAUUUUUAUCAAUCGAUUGGGCUCUUGCCUAUUAAAUUAUUAAACUCGGUAACCAAUGGUCAAUAUGAUGUGCGGCCACCAUUGGAAUUGGGCAAUAAUGACACCUUUAAAAAGUUGAUCACAUCAAAGUUUUAUCUUGACAAUCUCGAUCAGCAAUACAACUUGCUAACUCAGUUAAUGGCAAGAUAUUAUCAAGUAAAGAAAAUCAAGGUCAAGUUUUGGUUUGGAAAAGAAGUUGAAUUGAAUAGCAGGAUGACUCCAACCGUUAGCAAGCGUAUUGGACACUUGUUUGUCGCAAAGCAGUCGGAGACGUUUGACUUGAGGACAUUCUUUGCGGAUGCAUUAUCCGGGGAGCACAACGCUAAAGCCGACCUUCGCUUGCCCGGGGAUAUAGUUUCGACUGUUGUGUUGAGAACCAUGUUUUUGUUUGGUAUCGUGGAUGAGAAAGACCAGGUAACUUCUAUAGGCAAGAUACUUGAAAAGCUUGCCAGAGAAACACCGCAUAUCAAGCAAGAUGAAUUGGAAUCGCUUGUUUUGAUUUUGUUGCUUCUUAAAUCAAACACUUUGAAACUUAAUCAAACAGACAAGGAGUUUCCUAGUGUCGCUAACCAUUACAAGGUGGCCAACUCAACUUACGAAUUGAAUGCCAGUGAAGCUGCCACCAUCGGUCUCAUUUCCAAAAUUACAUCAUUGAAAAAGUUCCACUCAUCGCCCAUCAACUACCAAGGUCCAGUUUCAAGGAGCUUGCUAAACUUUAGAUCGCAUGUUGAGUUUAUCAAUUCAACUUUACUUCAUACAAGUGAAUGUGUCUUGACAGAUUUGAUCGUCAAGCAACAGCAAAAUGAUGUAAGACUGACUUUUGAAAACAAAACCCAAUGGUUUCAGUUGAUUGAUCAGUUGCCGUUUUUCAAUAAUGUCAACAACACAUUGAUGGGAAUUGUUGCUGAGAUUUACUUUGAAGUUGCAUUGAAAAAUCACAAAACAACAGGUACUAGCACCGCUGACGCAGCUGCGUUUGCCACUGGAUUCCUUACAGAUCACAUUUUCCAAGUUUCAAACCCAACUCAUAAUGCAAAUGUGUACGGAGUCAACUCUACCAGUGCCGAACAAAUUAAAUCUGCUUUGAAAGAUGCUGUGAGCUGGUGGAAAUUGUUUGUUACUUUCAGCAAGAUUGUCAAUGAUGUGGAUAAAUCAUUAUGUGAUGAUUCGUUGUUGAAAGCCAUCACCGAGGCUGAAUCACUUGUGGCUACAUUUUCUUAG